CCUCUCAACUCAUAAUACUUCAACUCUACUUUGAAUCUUCAACAUGGCCGGCCCAGGUGGUGGUCCCCCGCGCAAGAGCCACACCAAGUCCCGCAACGGAUGUAAGACUUGCAAGCGGAGACACAUCCGCUGCGACGAGACCUUCCCACAAUGUCGCAAUUGCACAAAACACAACUGUCGCUGUGACUACCAAGACAUGGCUACAACACAAAGCAGUCCCCCUUCACGGCGGGGUCCCGAUCUGCUCAUGUCACCCGAAAUCGAAAUGGAGAUUGAGAACUGGCACCGAACGGGCGUCCCUCCAUAUCCAGAACUAGUUCAAUGUCCUCGCGCUGGAUGGUCUCAUCUUUCGCGCGCGGAUUUGCGUUUAGUGCACCAUAUUAUCGGGCUUUCGAUCGAUUUGCAUCGCCGCGGUUUGAGUAACUGCACUGUGUGGGCGCAAAAGAUGCCCAACUUUCUUGCCAUUGCAUUAUCCAAUGAAUUUGUGAUGAGCUCGAUUCUGGGCUUGUCGGCAUUUCACCUUGCCUUCUUGACUCGAGAUCAGGAAACUAAGCAGUUGGCUUAUCACCACAAGGUCACCGCUCUCCGGGGCUUGCAGACAGCCAUCGGCUCAUUCUCCAAGGAUAACUGUGAGGCUGUUCUUGCAGCUUCGAUUCUGCUUUCGUGGCAAGCAAGUGAACGCCAAAUGUGGAUGUCAUUACAACAAGGCAUCUCAACAGUCCUCGAAUCGAUGCAUCCAUUCUGGAAACAGGAAUCCGAACUAGCUCAAUUCGUCGAAAACCAGCGCGCCUUGAGCGCAUCCGAUUUCCCAAUCUCUUUCGACGAAGAUCUUAACCAACUAGAUCAAACCGUUCACGCCCUCCAGGUCUCCCAGAAGCGAGUAUCCCACAACCCCGAGCACGCCCAGCGCCUAGCCGAGCUCAUCGAAUUCGUGCAACAAUUCCGAAAUGACUACCCUACCCAAACAUCCGAGCAGGCAUUCGAGCGCAUCCAGGUUCUCCGACGCUGGCUAUUUUGGCUCCCUGCCUCGAUGCUCCGAGGCGGCGACUCCGAUUUCAGCGCUCUAGCCAUCCUCUCCCAAUUCUUCGCUGUCGGCGUCGCCUUGGACCGAUUCUAUCCCGAAAUGGGCGGCGCAUACCUAGGCGGAUUGUCCAUCGGUCCUAUCGAAGAAACAUAUCGUAUUUUAGCCGCGAACAGUGCAACGGAUCCAUACAGCGCAGAUUUACGCCUUGCAAUGGCGCUAAUGGACCUUCCACGAAGAAUCGUCGCAAGAUACCGUACCCGUUUGGCCUGGUCUCCUCGUCCCUCUGUUGAGCACUACUCUCCCGGCCCUUCGAGUCCAUACCACGGUAUGCAGGAGUACCCCGUCGCCUCAUCCUCUUCACCUGCCUCCGCCUCUCCCUCCUACGUCGCAUAUACACCACCUCUCCAAUCUCCUCCCGCUGUCACUGUUGCGGGCUCUCCGUUCCAUCUUGCGGAUGGCUAUGUCACAGCCGCACCUUCGCAUACUCUUUACCCACCUUCUCCACAACUUCUCGAUGCGCACGACCCGCAGCUGGGGCUGUCUGACAUACGCCACACAAACGCUCUACAGAAUCCGGCAUUUACGCCUCUAUACGGCGCGGAUGCUCUUUGCGCUGAUAUGCCUCAUCAGAAUGGCUCGCUCGGUCUCAACGUGGAUCUGUACCAACAAGCACACCACUUCGAGAUGCCGAAUAUGGUCACUUCUGAGACUUGCUGGACAUAA